AAAAUGGGAGUCAAUUUCAAUGGAGUAAUUGAUUGAAAUAAACUAAUCGGAAAUAGUAAAACUACACAGCCCUAGGUUGAUUGAAGUUGGCUAAACUGUUUCAAAAAGGGAGAACACACAGGUGGAACCAGGUGGAACGUCAAGUGACGUGUCGGAAAGUCUUUCUGUUCUUCGGCGCUUUAUUCCGAAGAAAAUGAUUGCGUUUAAACGAGACAAGAAAGAAGAGGAAGAUGGUGGUGGCAAUCCUUUUCAAAACUUGGAGAAAACUACUGUUCUUCAAGAAGCGCGCACAUUCAACAAUACUCCGGUAAAUCCACGAAAAUGUGCUCAUAUUCUUACCAAGAUUUUAUAUCUGCUCAAUCAAGGCGAACAGUUUGGUACAACAGAAGCCACAGAUGCAUUCUUUGCCAUGACCAAGCUGUUUCAGUCGCGCGAUGUUAUAUUGAGACGACUGGUUUAUCUGGGCAUCAAAGAAUUGAGUUCUUUAGCUGAAGAUGUAAUUAUAGUCACCUCUAGUUUAACAAAAGAUAUGACAGGAAAAGAGGAUUUAUACAGAGCUGCUGCCAUUCGGGCAUUGUGUACUAUUACCGAUGGCAGUAUGCUAGCUGCCAUUGAACGGUACAUGAAACAAGCCAUAGUUGAUCGAUCGGCAGCUGUGUCCAGUGCUGCUCUAGUUUCGUCUUUGCACUUAACAAGAGUGUCCAGUGAUGUCGCAAGGAGAUGGGCAAAUGAAGCCCAAGAAGCCUUAAAUUCUAAUAACGUGAUGGUUCAGUAUCAUGCUCUGGGUGUUUUAUAUCAAGCACGUAAAGCAGACAAGCAUGCAGUGAUCAAAUUGGUUGCUAAACUUAUGAAAACAAGUCCUAAGAGUCCUUAUGCGGCGUGCAUGUUAAUUAGAAUGGCAUACAAAUUAUUGGACGAGGUAGACGAAGACGAAGAAUUAAUAGGAUUUAUCGAGUCAUGUCUUCGUCAUAAAUCCGAAAUGGUAGUAUACGAGGCAGCCCAUGCAUUGGUCAAUCUUGGACGAACAGGCGCCAGAGAAAUUGGACCGGCAAUUAGUGUUCUGCAACUUUUCUGUGGCUCACCAAAACCGGCACUCCGAUUCGCUGCUGUCAGAACUCUAAACAAGGUCGCGAUGACUCAUCCAGCGGCGGUUACAGUAUGCAAUUUGGAUUUGGAAAAUUUGAUUACAGAUUCGAAUAGAUCAAUCGCUACUUUAGCCAUCACUACUCUGUUAAAAACUGGAGUUGAAAGUUCCGUAGAUCGUUUGAUGAAGCAGAUCGCUACUUUCAUGUCCGAAAUUUCGGAUGAGUUUAAAGUAGUAGUGGUACAGGCCAUUAGGGCAUUGUGUCAAAAAUUUCCUCGCAAACACGCAGUCUUAAUGAAUUUCCUCUCUGCCAUGUUGAGGGAUGAAGGUGGACUUGAAUAUAAGGCAGCGAUUGCUGAUACUAUUAUAGCUGUAAUGGAAGGAAACGCGGAAGCCAAAGAAGCGGGACUUGCGCAUCUAUGCGAAUUUAUCGAGGAUUGUGAGCACAUUUCCCUUGCUGUGCGCAUUUUGCAUCUGCUCGGUCAGGAAGGUCCUACAUCCAAACUACCGUCAAGAUACAUUCGUUUUAUUUAUAAUCGCGUUAUUCUCGAAAGCGCCAACGUGCGCGCCGCAGCCGUAACCGCUUUAGCGCGUUUCGCUGCUGCUUGCCCGCCUUUACUUCCGAACGUGUUGGUAUUGCUGUCGCGUUGCCAGUUAGACUCGGACGAUGAAGUCCGCGAUCGUGCGGCUUAUUACUGUACGAUAUUGCAACAACAGAACGAUCCAACUAUACUACCCUUGGUACAACCACCUUUAUUAUCGGUACCAAGUGUAGAAAGAGCUUUACGGAAUUACAUGCAAACAUCAAUGGAAGAAGCAUUUGACAUUUCUCAGAUACCUCCAGCUCAGACAAUAGAAGAACCAGCCCAGGUAGAAGUGCAUACCACUGUCAAGCAGCCUCGUUUGACCAAAGAGGAAAGUUUCAUGGAGAAAUUAGUGCAAAUUCCGCAAUUGGCAGCAAUUAUUGGUGAUACAACGCUUCUCAAAUCUUCGUCUGUAUUCGAACUGACGGAAUCCGAGACAGAAUACAAUGUCAAAUGUAUAAAGCACACAUUUCCGGAGUAUCUAAUUUUACAAUUCGAUUGCGUGAAUACUCUUUCCGAUCAACUUCUCGAAGAUGUGGUUGUAGUUGUUGAACCUACCGAAGGUUAUUCCGUCGUAUGUGUGGUCCCAUGUUCACGACUACCUUACAACGAACCGGGAACCACGUACACAGUAUUAAAAUAUCCGGAAGAUGUACAUGCAAGUGUUGCCACUAUUCCUACAACUCUCCGAUUUAUGGCGAGAGAUUGCGAUCCAACGACGGGAAUACCAGAUGCGGAUCAAGGAUAUCGCGAUGAGUACAUGUUGGAAGAUUUGGAAGUGACUCUGGCCGAUCAAGUGCGUGGUGUUAGUAACAGAGGUAUAGACUUCAAUACCGCUUGGGAUACAUAUGCCGCAAAAGGAUUUGUUAAACUAGAAGAAACAUUUGCUUUGGGAGCUACCGUGACGUCUUUGGAAGGAGCAAUUCAAAGUCUUACAGGAUUUUUGGGCUUGGAGGCUAUGGAACGCAGUAAUAAGGUGCAAAGUGGUACGGCUGCACACAAUCUUCUUCUAAGUGGUGUUUUCCGUGGUGGGAAAGAAGUACUGGCACGAGCAAGAUUGGCGCUGAGCGGGACACAAGUCACAAUGCAAUUAUCUGUACUUUGUCAAGAUCCAGAUGUUGCUGAAUUAAUAGUCUCAUCGGUAGGAUAAGGUACGGCAAAGAUAGAUAUAUAUUUCUUGUGGUAUAUUUUUAAGAAAAAAGAGAGAAAAAUAUAUAUGUUAAUUUCUAUA